CACUGUGAUGUCAAGGUGGGGUCAGGAUGCCUGGCAAACGCUAGGGAUUGAGAUUGCGAGCGGGCCCUAUCAUCCUCUGCAAACCUCGCCACACACUACUCCUCUGGUGUGGAGAGCCUCUCUUCUGUUAGAUUGUCACCCACCUACUUGUGUCUUUCAAUCUCAGAGCGACUAGUGUACAAUCAAGUGCUGGCGAGAGUGGUGUGUCUUCCUCAGCAUUCCUGCUUCUGUUGAAGCUUUUUGUUUCCAUGGAUGUUGCAGGAUCUCGUCGUGUUCCAUUUCAUGUUUCUUGUGUAUAUGUUAAGAGAGUGGUUCUGUUGUUUGGUAUUUGAUCUUGGGAAGUAUUUGUUAUUAAAUGCUCUGGCGAGUAAGGUAGCGCAUGAUAUCUGUGGUUCUUCUCGUUCGCAUCGUUUUGAUAUGUUUCAUUGCGCCAUCAAUCGUUAGAAUGUGAGUUCGUAGUUUCGAUUGUUUUAGAGGGUUCUUUUCUUUCAUAAUUUUUUUUCUGUUACCUUACAGAGGUAGAGUAAGGUUUGUUGUCGAUCGCAAUGUCUACCGAGGGGCAAGUUAUCACAUGCAAAGCUGCUAUUGCAUGGGAGGCCAAGAAGCCUCUUUCGAUUGAGGAUGUUCAAGUGGCUCCCCCCCAAGCUGGAGAAGUGCGGAUUAAGAUAACGCACACUGCGCUCUGCCACACAGACGCAUAUACGCUGGAUGGUCAUGACCCAGAGGGUUUGUUUCCCUGCAUCUUGGGGCACGAAGCAGCUGGAAUUGUCGAGAGUGUUGGAGAGGGAGUAACUGAGGUCAAAGCUGGAGACCACGUGAUUCCAUGCUACCAGGCUGAAUGUAAAGAGUGCAAGUUCUGCUUGUCUGGAAAGACGAACUUGUGUGGGAAAGUCAGGUCAGCAACCGGUGUGGGGCUCAUGCUCAGUGACCGCAAGUCACGAUUCUCCAAGGACGGAAAAGUGAUUUAUCAUUUUAUGGGAACGUCCACUUUCAGUGAGUAUACAGUAGUACACGCCGUUUCAGUGGCAAAAGUCAACCCUGCAGCUCCUCUCGACAAAAUCUGCCUGUUAGGAUGCGGAAUUCCCACAGGUUUGGGUGCUGUAUGGAACACUGCCAAGGUGGAGAAAGGAGCUAAUGUUGCUAUUUUUGGUCUGGGGACUGUAGGCCUAGCUGUUGCAGAGGGUGCCAAAGCAGCAGGUGCAGCCCGUAUAAUUGGUGUGGACAUAGACCCCAGCAAGUUUGACCGAGCCAAAGACUUUGGAGUGACGGAGACUCUCAACCCCAAGGACCACAAGAAACCUACUCAGGAGGUCAUCGUCGAAAUGACAGAUGGAGGUGUGGAUUACAGCUUUGACUGCACAGGCAAUGUCCAUGUCAUGCGUUCUGCCUUAGAGUGUUGCCACAAGGGAUGGGGCACAUCUGUUAUCAUUGGAGUGGCAGCUUCAGGGCAAGAAAUCUCAACGCGUCCAUUCCAGUUAGUUACAGGGCGUGUCUGGAAAGGCACUGCAUUUGGAGGAUUCAAGAGUCGCUCUCAAGUGCCAGAGCUUGUGGAGAAGUAUUUGAAGAAGGAGAUCAAGGUGGACGAAUAUAUCACCCACAACAUGAAGCUUGAUGACAUAAACGAGGCCUUCGACCUUCUUCACAGCGGCAAAUGCUUGCGAUGUGUGCUCCAACUCUCCAGUCUAUAACUUGGAGACGCUACAGAUAAAUAGCUGUACCAAUUCUGGAGCAUUUUGAACAAUAUUCGAAGAUCUCAGCAUAGUAUCUGCGGAAGACCAUAAACCUUUCUUCAACAACCUCUAAAGACUUUUAAUUCGCGCGCAAUUGUCUCAUAACUCACAGGCAUGCUCUUGGUAUGAACCAGCUUAUUCAAGAGAAUUAAAUAAACUCUCCACAGAUGUUGUGAAUGAAUGUGUUUGUUUGUAUGUGGAUUUGAAUAGAUAUGGCAUCCAUCCAUUCCAGGGAACUCGUGGCGCAAUGGAAGUGCGUUAAGUCUAGAUCAGAAGCUUUAGUGUUUGGUUCAGAUUUGGUUCAAGCACCUCUAUUUGAUCGUAUUUUUUGACCGGAAGUUGCCCCCUGCGAACACCUAGAUUAGAACAAUUUCUUUAAUUGGUACAUUUUUUUGUUGCAAAUUAAACAAACGCGUAAAUAAAAACACCUCUCAAUUACAA